AUGAUACAACUGGCCAAGACCACUAAUGAUCACAUAAUUAAGACAAGAGCCUACCACAAGAACCAGGAUGCUUCCAUCCGAAACUUGGAGAGCCAAAUAGGCCAGUUGUCUAAGCAGUUGGCUGAAAGAGCUCAAGGACAGUUCCCAGGAGAUACAAUUGUGAAUCUAAAGGCAAACUGCAAGUCCAUUGUGACUAGGAGUGGAAUUGUAAUCACUCCUCAAGAAAAGCCAAAAUCGGUUCAGCAUAAGAAAGAAAAAGAAGCACCUGCCAGUGAAGAAGAAGCACCUGCCAGUGAAAAAGAAGAACCUGCAAGGCAAGACAAAGAAGAAGCAAAGAAGAAAGCUGUGGAAGCUCCAAAGCAACCGAUGGAUUUUUCUCGUUUUGAGAAACCUCCUUAUCCUAUGAGAAAGCAUAAGUUGCAGGAUUGUGAGACAGUAGCACUUACUGAAGAGUGCAGUGCCAUCAUACAGAAUAAGUUCCCACCAAAGCUUCAAUAUCCUGGGAGUUUCAACAUCCCAAUUGCGGUAGGCAACACUAAUGUUGGUCGGGCACUAUGUGAUCUUGGAGCAAGCAUCAACUUGAUGCCAUUGUCAAUAUGCAAGUCAUUGGGAAUUACUAAUUUGAAGCCAACCAUGGUCUCUCUUCAGCUUGCUGACCGUCCUUUGAGGAGACCUAAUGGAAUUAUAGAAGAUGUUCUUGUUAAAGUUGACAAGUUCAUCUUCCUUGCUGAUUUCAUCGUGCUAGACAUGGAGGAAGAGAGUGAAAUGCCCCUUCUGCUGGUGUUUGAAGAGGUGGUUAUGGACGAGAAAAGUGAUUAUCAAGAGUUUGAAGAAGAGUCGAAGGCUCUAGAUGAAGCUGCUCCAGAAGAAAAGCAAGCAACUGUCUUUGAGGUACUAGAAAAGAAAGAAGAUGACUCAGCUACAUUGGUACCAAAGGUGGAAUUAAAAGAGUUUCCUGAAACUCUUAAGUAUGCUUUCUUGGGAGACAAAGAACAACAUCCUGUUAUCAUCAAUAAGGAAGUGCAUCAGCAACAUAAAGAAAGCAAGCCAAAGGUUAAGAUGGAAAAGCCCAAGA